AUGUGGCAGGUUGGAUUGGAUGUGUCGGAUGCCAUUGGUGCAACACCCAACGGCAAUGCUUACGCUGCGAAGUGGCCAAAGAAGUACAAACAUGUCACUCCAGAUACUGCAUAUGCUCAAUCUGUCCAAGACGCUUAUCGGUGGCCAGAGAGGGCCAAACAGAACUUGGAGAGACUAAAGGAAGAACUGAAGGAAGGAGAGGCACCAGCUUUGCUGUCGGGAAAGACCUUUACUGUUGCUUUCACAGAGAAGCAAAAGGCAUGUCAGCAGGUGUUGCUCAGAGAUUUUUCGGGAUCCUGCAUGUUCGGGGAUCAGCUGGAUUUCCUGAGUCUUGACGACAAAGCAACUAUGAACUCUUUAAAGUCUGGCGAGGAAGUUGCCAAGUUCAUGAAGACAUGUCGCUUGAAGGACAGGGCAGUGUGCAUGAGACAUGGCUGUCACUGCGCCAUCUCCAAAGCUGACAUCGCCUUCUUCGGCGCCCCAUGCGUUGAUGACUCUUCCAUGGGGAAGCGCAGCAUGGACGAUGGACUCAGCAGAAGAGUUUCUUGA